AUGGGCAGCGCGGAAAUGUCUGAACACAGCGGUCUCCCCACACGCAACAUUUGCUUCCAGGACCGGCUUUCCACGGGCUUUAGAUUAAAAUUGCGCGGCGCCGCACCGGGCGGCGGGAAAGCCGCCAUCUCGCAAAUUGGCAACAAAGGUCCUCCACAGACAGCUGCCGCACGCACGCGCGCCGGCAGCGACGGCGGCGGCGGCCGCCAAGUCCCACCCGGCGCGGAACGCCGCCAUGGAGGAGAGGACGUUGUUAUAAGCAUCGCUGUGAAGGAGCGCCAAGACAACAGCUUUGAUGAAUUAGUAUUCAAUAGUCUCUUUGAUAAUAGAAACACAAUCGAGCAGCUGUUCCUCCGUUAUAAUGAGAGGUGGAGCAAGUCUAAUGAUAUCUCCCGGGCCUCGCGCUCGAACACCUCCUGCGAGGACGCGGCCUGCGCCUGCGCCUCCGCCACCUGCACGGCCGUGGCCUUGGCGCGGCGCAGCGGCGCGGCGUGCAGCUUGGCGGCGGCGCGCAGCAGCGCGGACGCGUUCGCGGCGCAGCGGAGCCCUCGCACGCCAGCCAUCGCGGACACGAGCGUCGCCGGUUGUGCCCAACUAAUUCUAACGAGCAGAGCGCAGCGGGCGAGGGGGGAGGGUGGGGAGGGAGGUGGCGGCACGCUUGGUGAUAAGCGCCGCGCCGCGCCGCGCGAUGACCUUCGGGGCGAAGGUCGCCCCUCCCCUUCCCCAACUCCGCCGGGGAGGCCCGUCGGGGCUCCCGCCCGGCUCCACCAUGCCCCGCCACGCCACGCCAAGCCCGCCGCCGCCGUGGCUGCCGCGUGA